GCGGCGAAGCAGAGCGGUAGAGGACCGGCAGAGUUAAGCGGCAGGCCAGUGCAGAGCCGCGGCUCACCCUACGCCGCUGACAGCGCACACGGACUCAACCCUAAGCCCACACCUCGAUACACUCUUCCCACAACACGAGAUGGCUGACCCUGAGCUGUUGAAGAAGCUACUGGGUGGAAUCCUGCAAGCCCAGCGGAGCGGUGUGACUGCCUCCCGUCUCCAAAGCCAGUACAGGGAGCUGACCGGAGAGCCCCUUCCAUACACACCACUGGGCCAUGGGAGUGUGAGUGGCCUACUGGACACACUGCCCUCAGUGGUCAGGGCAGAGUGCACCGACUCAGGAGAGGUGCUGUACUUUGCCUCUGGAGAGGGGGGGAAGGGGAACAUGGCUAAGGUGGUGGCCCGACAGCGUAGCUCCAGGAGGACAGGCCGGGCUCACUUGGUCAACACCCAGAUGAGAGUCAAGCCCGCCACUCCUCUAGCACUCAAUGCCAAACCCCAGACAUCCCUCCGACAGCCCGGUCAUCGCGGAGGAAGAGGAGGAGCAGGAGGAGGAGGGAGAGGAGGAGGAGGGAGAGGGGAAGGAAGAGGAGGCAAAGCGGGCCACGGAGACCUCAGAGUGGCCCGCACUGGAGACCCAAGAGAUGGGCCUCAAGACAGCAGGGCAGCCCACCACCAUAUAGCCCAUAAGAGAACACCUGGGGACAAGUCAGAUAAGAGGAUGACUCUGCCUUCACACUUUCACAAAGAGGUGCAAGCUCACCUCUCAAAAAACACUCCACACACUGGCCCAGACAGAGGACAGCCCUACAGCUCUACGCUGGUCCAAAGGCGGCUCAGGGACAUCCUGGCCAAGUACAGCAAUGGAUUCUGGGUGUCCAAGCUGCCCCAGAUCUACAGAGAGCUGUACAAAGAGGAUCUACCCACCAUAGCCCUGAAAGAGCUGGAGACGUGGAGCCACAUCUGCACUGUAGAGAAAACGUGUAGCAGCAGCCCCUCGGAGCUGCUUUUGUACCCAGCUGAGGAGCAGAGGACCAGCCCCGACUCCAGCUUCAACAGCUCCUCCCCCCAGCAGCAGAACCCCUUCUCCAAAAAGCCAAGCACCUCCUCCUUCCCCACCACACUCAGCCCAGACCUGCAGGCCAAACUGGAGGAGCUCCUGCUGAAGUAUCCCAAUGGACUAUGGGCCCAUGCACUGCCAAAGCUCUUCCAUAAUACCUAUAAAACUAAACUGCCAGGACAUGUGCUGGACAACCUCCACCUGCUCUCCCACAUCUGCACCAUAGACUAUCCCAUGUCGGACAACCCCAAGAGGGCCAUCCUAUACAGACGCAGCAGCAGUAACAGGGCAGACACAGGGCCCAAUGAGGAGGAGGUGAGGGAGGUGAAGGAGGUGAAGGAGGUGAAGGAGGUGAAGGAGGUGAAGGAGGUGAAGGAGGAGAAGGAGGACAAGGAGGAGAAGGGGUUGAAGGAGGGAGGGACUAGGGAUGUGCCCCUGCUCCAACCCCCUUCAGAGGAGUAUCCCUCUGUGCUCGUGGUGGAGGCUGCUGAUACCAAUGUUGUCAUACUCAGGUACAUCGGGGAUAGCUACUCGCAGGCCCAGGAAGUGAUGGAGGAUGAGAUGAGGAAGUUUUACAGCACAAACCAAAGCAGUCUUAUGUCUCCAGUCUCAGUUCCACAGCUGGGUCAGCUAGUGGCUGUGAGGGCCGAAGACGAGGAGGAGGUCCUCAGGGCACAGGUCUGCGAGUUAAUGCAUGAUAAGGUCAAGGUGUACUAUGUGGAUCACGGCUUUAUGGAAGUCAUCAGUAAAAACAAAGUUUUUGACCUGAAUGAGAAGUUUUUCAAGUUGCCUUUCCAAGCCGCUAAGUGCAAACUGGCAGGUCUAGAGCAGUUCUGUAAGGAGCCUGCCGUGCUGAAGACUCUGGAGACCAUGGCCAGUGGGAAGAUCCUGCUAGCAGAGAUCUUAGAGCGCAGAGAGCGCCCCCUGGUGGUGCUGUACGACACCUCUCAGGAUGAUGAUGUCAACAUAAACUCUGCCUGUUUGAGAGCUCUUCAGGACUGUAGUCUGGCCAGCCCCCUACAGGUGAACAGUGUAUAUAUGGGUGUAACAGUGAGCAGCGUGUGUUCUGAUGGGACCCUGUACUGUCAGCUGCCCUCCAGAGGCCUCCACAAGCUCCGGGGCAUUCUGAACACUAUCGAGACAUACUUCCAAUCACAGGUCACCUCUGAGCACCUGGUGUCUCUGCCCUUCUGUGGUAAAGCCUGUUUGGCCCGCUAUAAAGGCAAGUGGGCCCGAGUGGAGAUCAAAAACCUGCACGGCUCCCGGGUGCUGGACAUCCUGUUUGUGGAUGUGGGGGUGCAGGCUUCUGUGGAGGUGUUUGAGCUCAGAGAGAUCCCUCAGGCUUUCCUCAAGGACCUGCUCUCCGUCCCCGCUCAGGCUGUGCAGUGCUGCCUGGCCGACCUGGUGGUUAGCCUGGGCUCUUGGACUCCAGAGGCCGUGCAGUGGCUCCGAGAGAGAGUGCUGCACCUCAAUGACUGUAGCCUCAAGGUAGCCAAAGUGGAUGAAACCAAGGGCUGUGUCCAUAUCCACUUGUUCACAGACAAAAACUUCCACGAAGCAACACGCAGCCUCAACCACCAGAUGGCACACUCCCAGCUCUUCAGAAAACAGCCAGACAUUAUCCUGACCAGUCAUAGCUCAAACAAGAUGUCAGCCCCCUCACCAAAGCCUCCCAGCCCCCCAGAGCCCGCCAACGGUACUGCAGCCUUGUGUACUCCAGAGAAGCCCCAGCUCAGAAAGCUGUCUGCUCCCAAAGAGUCUCCCUCUCCUCCUGAUACACCAGACAGUCCACCGCUGCCCCCGCUGGUAGAGCUGCCACCAACAGGGCAGAACUUGGAUGUGUAUGUGUCUGUGGCCUGUCACCCAGGACACUUUGUGCUGCAGCCAUGGAGAGACAUGUACAAGCUGGUAGUGCUGAUGGGAGAGAUGAUCCUGUACUACAACCGGACAGAGAACCAGACCCAGCCCCAGAACGAACCCCCGCAGCUGCGCGUGCACAAGGGACUCGUGUAUGCCGCCAAAGUCGACAACAACUGGUACCGCGUGCUGGUGAAGGGGGUGUUGACCACUGGCCUGGUGUCCGUCUAUGAGCUGGACUAUGGCAGACACGAGCUGGUAAGCAGCACACAGCUCCAGCCUCUGGUGCAGGACUUCAGAAGAUUGCCCUUCCAAGCUCUCACUGCACAACUGGCAGGGGUAAAGCAGCGGCAGUGGUCUGAGGAGGCAUCAAUGGUGUUCAGGAACCACGUGGAGAAGAAGGCUCUGGUGGCUCAGCUGGAGGCUGUGCAGGACGCCUCAGAGCCCUGGGAGCGCAGGCUCAGUGUGUAUCUGGUGGACACGUCCCAGGAGGACCAGGACGUGUGGGUGCACGACAUCAUGGCCGAGUUCACUGAGGAGAUCAGCAACGAGAUGUAGGAUUUUUAUUUAUGUGGAAAGAGAAAGGAAUGGACCUUUGGACUCUUAAAGAGGUUGUAGAGUAAUAAUAGUAGGUACAAGUAGGCCUACAAAGUAUUGGUCCUAGAAAUUACCAAAGAGUGAAAAAGUACACUACCAGUCAAAAGUUUGUACACAUUUUUCCAUGUAUGUUUCACUGAAGGCAUCAAAACUAUGAAUGACACAUAUGAAAUGUAGUAAAAAUUAAAAAUUAAUAAAAAAAAUAAAUAAAAUUGUCAAAAUAACUCAAAGGCUGUUUUAGAUUUUAAAAAAUAGCCACCUUUUGACUGAUAGUGUUCUGGGGAAAUUACUAAGAGUCACUGUCUGGAUGUAACUGAUUUCUAAUUUGUAGAUGACGUGGCUAGCUCAUACCUCACAGCAAGAAAGUUCUGGGUUCGAUUCCCAGGUUGCCUUUCUGUGCAGAGUUUGCAUGUCCUCCCCAUGUCUGGGUGGGUUUCCUCCUGGCAUUCCGUUUUCUUCCAUCAACCCAAAACAUGCACAAUAGGUCAAAUCCUCCAGCUAAAGUAGUUCUGAUCAAGACUAGUAACAAGAUCAUGGAGAUGGGUCCCACUGCUCCUGAUGAGAUGCCCCAGUGACAUUGAAGAAUGGGUCAAUAAAGUGUACUCUAACCUUAGCCUUAAGUGGAUGGCUAAAACAUAAAAAAUGCACAUAAUCUGAUAUUUUCAAAUAAUUGACACAAAUAAAGCAAUAUCUGAAGGAGCGAUGCAAGGUCAAUCAUUUAAUAUUGUUAAAUUGUUGUCUCUCACUGAGAUAUUAUUGCUUGGUCCAAAAUGUUCCAAAUUAUGGCAUUAAACAUAAACCUAUCUUGUGGUUAUUGAGUUACAGGUGUUUUAUUGCUCAAAAAUACCUUUUAUACAUUCUUACUGUAGCGGGAUCACCUCUCCACAGAUCUGACCUGUGACUUGGCCUGGUGGUCUGCUGUCUUCAUGGAAAUAGAUAAGUGUAUGACUGUAAUGCCAUAUUGUUUUUGCCUGGGAUCCAGUAUACACACUUCUUCAGUACUUUACAAAGAUGCGAGUCUGGUCACCAGGGAGAGUUCUGAUGGACAUGAUUGACAAGUGGAUUAGCUAAUGAGGAACACGCAAGUUCCGUCUGUAUCAAAACAAAUAUGGCUGUUUAUGAGGACAAAAAUAAGGGAAAAAAUAUCACAGGGGACUGGGUAAAACAUUAGAUUUCUCCAGAAUCAAUGUAUGAAACUCUAAACUGUUAGUCUGAGGUGAGAUAAAGGUUCUGGCUCACGAUGCGACAGAGGGCAAUCUGUAAAAAUACUGGGAUAUCAUUCUGGAUUUGCCAAUACUGUUGAAGAUUAGAGGCAAUAACAUCUCCAUGGAGCCAAGCAAAUGGUGCAUUACAAAACUGCAACA